AUGUGGACACUAUAUAAUCUGUCUCUUACUCUCCUCAUCUGCUUCUCGCAUACUGGUGCCACUCAGUUCCUUCAGACGGACUACUUGUCGCCUCGGGCAGAGAAUGCAAUUUACUACAAUCAGGGUUGGAAAAACCUUAGCAGGGAUGUUCUCUCCAGACCAUAUGAUAGAAUAUCUCACGACGGAAUGUACUUCGUCAUCGACCCGCUCUAUCAUUUAACCUACGGUCAGGGAGCUGCUGGCUCUCCCUUUCUUCGUAAAGCUGUUGCAGAAUUCUUCAAUGCCUAUUUCGAUCCGCGUCAGCGGGUUAAUGAAAGUGAAAUUAUCAUUGGUUCAGGUGGGAUCAUCAUUCCUCAACCUUUAUAUAACGGCUUUCCUACAGAUACGCGACUGCGGAGCCAAGGCAAGCUGCUCCCUGCGUCUUUUGUGUGGGAUAAUGAGACCUACAAUUUCGACAAGGUAUUCGAUGCGACAGCAAUCAAUGAUUCCCUGGAACGGACUUGGAACGCAUUAAUCGCCAUCGCACGCUUCUGCGGUAAACAUAAAAUCCACUUUAUCUCCGACGAGAUUUACGCGAACACCGUCUUCAGCAACCCCGGGAGCAACGCUCCCAACUUUACUUCGGUUCUUUCCCUUGAUCUGGAUGACAUUAUUGAUCCUAGGCUCGUCCAUGUCCUGUAUGGAAUGAGUAAGGACUUUGGAGCAAGUGGGCUUCGACUGGGUGUUCUGCAUUCUCGUAAUGAGGAUUUGAUUCAAGCUGCUUACGGUGUGAACCUUUUCUCCUGGCCCUCCUACCUUGUCCAGGACAUGUGGGGCCGUCUCCUCAAUGACACGAUCAAGACGCAUGAAUUCCUCGAGGAAAAUAAGCGGCAGCUUGGGAAGGCCUACGGUACAGUCACUGACUGGCUUCGGAAUAAGAGCAUCGAGUAUUAUGAUCAAGGGUCGGUCUUGCUUUCCUCCAUAGGCUCUUCUAAUUGCCCUCGCUGA